AAGCUUUAAUCUCUUUUUAAUCUCUAUAAUAAACAAUUAUAUAUUAGGCACGCUCACUAAACCAUGUUGUAGGUCACAAGAUUUAGUACAAACUAAUACAUUAUUAAUUUACAAAAUUAUUCCUAUAGUAUACAGUUUAUUGUUGAGUAACCUAUGUUAUGUAUUUCCGAGACAGGUUUUAUAUAUUUCAGUUAUUAUUUGGCAGCGUAUGUCCAUUAUUACACUACUCUUAUGCUUGUAUUAUAAAUGUGACAUAAAGUCACCAGAAAAGGCAGUUAUUGUAAAUGUGUGCAUGGCCAUAAAUUGUUAAAAUCCUAACGACACCUGCUGGAAACGUCUGUCCCUGUCUAGAUAAUGUGCUUCUGCAUUUUCACCAGAACUGGUAAGGAAGUGGUGAUGACAUCACAUCCUCUUAUCAGAUGUCUAACUGUAUGGUGUGUCGCUUACCAGCUUAUAGAGGAAGACUUGUGGAGAAACAAGCAACCAAGGUUUUUAUUUCCGGCAUCGCCAUUUUGUUGCUCGCCCUAUUGCUGGCUGUGAAGACGCCGGCCUCAGUCAUAUGACGCAGUGGAGCCGGUGGAUGUGGAGGAAUUCCUGAUGACACAGCUGCGCAGCGGAGAUGCCGAGCUCAUGCAGGAGCUGGGCGAAUUCCCUGAUGAUGACCUGGAGGUGGAUUUAGCGGACAGGGAAUGUCGAACUGCCUACCACUCUGUCCCCGAGGAGGGGGUGGAACUGGAUCCCCAUGUGAGAGACUGUGUGCAAAGUUACACUCAGCCUUGGCUAGUGGUCAACAGAAGAUGCCAAGGGGAUGGAUGGAGUGCGUACUCGGAGAGGACAGGCUUUCACAAACUACUUCAGAAGCAAAUAUUCGAGUCUGACGUCCAACCAGAGAAACAGGAGCAACCGGUGAAGUCUCCGUCUUUGGCAGUGUUAUGUGAUGACGACAGCGCUCGCAGCACUCUCACCUCCUCUGAUUUUGACCUCCGGGGCCUUCAGCCGGACCCUCGUCUUGACAACCUCCUGCAGUUCAGUAACUCUGAGGAGCUUGACCGCUUUAACCUUGAAGCCAGACAGAACAACCGCCAUCCUGAACUUUUCGCUCUCUAUCCACCUACUGAUGAGGAAGAUGCAGUGGAAAUUCGUCCCAUUCCUGACUGUCCAAAGGAGCACAUGGGCCUCAGGAUGCUAGUGCGAUGCCAGGCCAUCAAGUUUGAAAUUGAGAUCGAGCCCAUUUUUGCCACCAUGGCCUUGUAUGACCUGAAAGAAAAGAAGAAGAUUUCAGAGAACUUCCACUGUGAUCUAAACACAGAUCAAAUGAAAGGCUUACUGCGCUCCCACACCCCUAGUGUUGACAUCUCCACACUGGCAAAGGCUGCCAUUUUCUCCAUCUCCUACCCUUCUCCAGACAUCUACCUGGUCAUUAAGUUAGAGAAAGUCCUGCAGCAGGGGGACAUUGGAGAUUGUGCAGAACCAUACAUAGGAAUGAGUGAGAGCACCAAGAACAAAGACAAACUGGAGAAGCUUCGAAGUCAGGCAGAGAACUUCUGUCAGAGGUUGGGUCGGUACAGGAUGCCCUUCGCCUUUGGUACAGCCAACAUCAUGAGUGCGAUCAGCACACCCACACUGGAUCGUGACAUGACCGACUCAGAUAGCAUCAAUGGCAAGAACAAUAUGGAUAAGAAGGCUUACCUGCCCAGACGCAACUCAGAGAGGUUCACCACCCUGGAGGACCAGUCCAACCUGUCCAGCUUCAAACCUGCCAUCAUAACCAUUCAGUCCAUUUUCAAACAGGAAGGGGAGCGUCUCAGUGAUGAAGACUUAUUUAAGUUCCUGGCUGACGUAAAGAGGACGUCCACUAUUCAGCGACGGGUCAAGAUAAUACCAGGCUUUCUGAAGGUAGAGGUGACCCCAGUGCCAGAUACAGUGAUGCCAUGUCUGUCUCCUGAGCUUAUCCCCAUUAAACCUGUAUCAGAGAAAAACCUGCGACCUAUCAAAGAAUUGCUUGAGUUUCCGUCCAACGAUGUCUACGUCCCUCACUGCAUAUACAGAAACCUGCUGUUUGUGUAUCCUCAGAGGCUCAACUUUGGCCAUCGAACGUUGACAUCUGCCAAGAAUAUUACCAUAAAGAUCCAGUUCAUGAAUGGAGAGGAGCCACUGCCUGUUAUAUUUGGGAAAUCAAGUGGUCCAGAGUUUCUCUCAGAGAUCUACACCCCAGUCACCUACCAUAACAAAUCUCCAGAUUUUUAUGAAGAGGUGAAGAUCCGGCUGCCGGCUCGUCUGACCGAGAGACACCACCUGCUCUUCUCCUUCUUCCACAUCAGCUGCCAGCAGAAGCAGAACCAGAGCGGCAGCGUGGAGACUCUCAUCGGAUACUCAUGGUUACCUAUGCUCAAUAAUGAAAGGCUGCAGAUGGGAGCUUUCUGUUUGCCCAUUGUUCUUGAACGUCUUCCUGUGAACUACUUGCUACAUUCUCCUGAGAAAUUGCCAAUCCAGGUUCCACCAGUCAAGUGGAUUGAUGGUCAUAAAGGAAUUUUCAGCUUGGAAAUUAAGGCUGUGUCUUCAGUUCAUACACAGGAGAGUCACCUGGAGCGCUUCUUCACUCUGUGCCAUGCUCUGGAGGGGAAGGCUACAUUCCCUAUCCGCGUAGGGGAUGAGAAAGUGCCAGAAAACAAGCUGGAGCAUGAGCUAAAGCUCAGCAUCAUCUCCCUGUCCUCCUCCGAGCUGGAGCCACUUGUACUCUUUCUCCACCUGGUCCUGGACAAGCUGUUCUGCCUCAUCAUGCAGCCGAUGGUCAUCGCUGGCCAGACCGCAAAUCUGGCACAGAUAGCGUUUGAGUCAGUGGUGUCCGUAGUGAACAGCCUUCAUAACAGUCAGGAACUGGCCAAGGACCACCAAGGCAGGAACUGUCUCCUAGCAACCUACCUCUACUAUGUGUUCCGGUUGCCAGAUACUCCGCAGGAAGUCAUUAACACAGGUGCAUUGGUACAGGAGAGCAGAUACAGCACUAUGGGCCGAGCCACAGCCACAAGCGUCGGCAGCAUGCUGCUCCAAUCUCGCGUCCGCUCCAGCAGCAACCCCGAUAUUCCUGCUCCACAGAGCUCAGAGGACGCUGAGGUGAAGAGCAUACUGGUUGAGAAGGGUAUGAAUCAUCCCGGCAGCAGGAUGUCCACUUUUAUUGAUGUUACCAAUCGUUAUCAAAUUUCCGCUAGUAGCACGCGGCCCUCAAACAGAAAGCAAUUUCAUGAAGAGCUGGCUCUUCAAAUGGUGGUGAGCACCGGCGUCUGCAGAGAGAACGUGUAUAAAUACGCCUGGUUCUUCUUUGAGCUGCUGGUGAAAAGUAUGGCUCAGCAUGUCUCUCAAAUGGACAAGCAGGGAGUGUCUCGCAAAAAUCGCUUUUCUGACCGCUUCAAGGAUGACAUCACCACCAUCGUCAACGUGGUGACGGCUGAAAUUGGCACUAUACUGGUGAAACAGCAGAAGGAACAGGAGCAGGCUGAAAAGGUGAACAUUAGUCUGGCAUUUUUCAUUUAUGACCUGAUGUCUCUCAUGGACAGAGGCUUUGUCUUCAACCUGGUUAGGAACUACUGCAACCAGAUGUCAGCAAAGAGUGUGUCCAUGUCGACUCUGAUCACCAUGAGGCUGGAGUUUUUGAGAGUGCUCUGCAGUCAUGAGCACUACCUGAACCUGAGCCUGUACUUCAGUAGCCCUGCGUCUGCUCCCACGUCCCCUUCCCCGUCUGUCACUUCACAGACCUCGAGUUCAUGUAGUUUGCCGGACCAGAAGAUUGCAGCCAUGUUUGAUCUGACUCAGGAGUUCAAACAGCAGCACUAUCUGACUGGCCUGCUGCUGACCGAACUCAGUGCGGCUCUCGAUAUGGAAUCAGAAGGAAGUAAGGUGCAGCGCAAGGCCAUAAAUGCCACAUACAGCCUACUGUGUGCUCAUGAUUUGGACCCUCGGUGCACAAGGUCAGAAGUCAGGACUAAGAUUGCUGCUCUUUACCUCCCCCUGGUGGGCAUCAUCAUCGACUCCCUCAACUACCUGGACUUCACAGUUUCUGAAUCACGUGGCAACAAGGCCAAAUCCAGCGGGCCAGAGGACGACUUUGAAAAUGUAACUCCUAUCAAUCAGUCUGUUGCCAUGGCAAUCGCAGGAAACCCGUUCAACACCUUGGCGAGAAACGCACUUGUGUCCAUGGCCUCUGUGUCAGGUAGAAGCUGUAGCACGCUCUCUGCAGAGACCAGCCGUAAUCUGCUGGUGUGUUUCUUGUGGAUCAUGAAGAAUGCAGACCAGAGCCUGAUCCAGCGUUGGAUAGUGGACAUAUCCCCUUCUCAGCUCAGUCGCCUCCUCGAGCUCCUCACUAUCUGCACCUCCUGCUUUGACUACAGGGGGAAACAGAGCUCAGAUAAAGUGAGUGUGCAGGCCCUGCAGAAGUCUCAACAGGCUAAAGCUCGUCUGGAAGAGGCACUACUGGGAGGCCUGGGAGCGAGGGGAGAGAUGAUGAAGAGGGUGGGAGCUAAUGACCGGACUCUGGGCCAGAGAGAGAACCUGCGCUGGAGGAAAGACCUCACACAGUGGCGCCAGACCAACGACAGACAGGACAAAUCUAAAGCUGAGUUGGACCAGGAGGCCAUAAUCAGUGGGAAUCUGGCCACUGAGGCCAACCUCAUAGUCUUAGACCUGCUGGAGAUCAUUGUGCAGACUGCACCACUAGCAGACUAUAAGGAUAGUGCGGUUGGUGGAGUUCUGAGGGUUCUGCUGCACUCACUAACAUGCAGUCAGAGCACCUGGUAUCUAUCUCACUGCUUCAGCACAAUCCGAGCUCUCAUUGUGAAGUUCGGGGACAUGUUGUUCGAGGAGGAGGCCGAGCAGUGUGCAGAUCUGUGCCAGAAAGUGCUUCAGUACUGCAGCAGCUGUGUGGACAGCAACAGGAGCCAGGCCUGUGCUACACUCUACCUCAUCAUGAGAUACAGCUUUAGUUCCGCCAGCAAUUUCUCUAGAGUGAAGAUGCAGGUGACCAUGUCGUUGGCGUCUCUAGUAGGAAAGUCCUCGGAUGUGCAUGAGGAGUACCUGCGCCGCUCUUUUCGCACCAUUCUAGCCUAUGCAGAAGAAGACACAGAGAUGCAAUCCACACAGCUGCCUUCACAGGUGGAUGAACUUCUGAGGAAUCUAAACAGCAUCCUUUCAGACACAGUCAAAAUGAAAGAGUUUCAAGAAGAUCCUGAAAUGCUAAUGGACCUUAUGUAUAGGAUCGCGAAGGGCUACCAGACGUCACCUGAUCUGCGCCUGACCUGGCUCCAGAACAUGGCAGAGAAGCAUAAUGGCAGGAAGUGCUUCACUGAGUCAGCAAUGUGUCUGGUGCAUGCUGCUGCCCUAGUGGCUGAGUACCUCAGCAUGCUAGAGGACCACAAGUACCUGCCUGUAGGCAGCGUCACCUUCCAAAACAUCUCCCCUAAUGUUCUGGAGGAGUCGGCGGUGUCAGAUGAUAUCCUGUCCCCAGAUGAGGACGGAGUUUGUUCAGGACGGUACUUCACAGAGAACGGUCUGGUGGGGCUUCUUGAGCAGGCUGCAGAACUCUUUAGCAAUGGUGGAUUAUAUGAGGCAGUGAAUGAGGUGUAUAAGAUCAUCAUUCCCAUACUGGAGGCCCACAGAGAUUUCCGGAAACUGGCCACCACUCACGACAACCUAAAAAGAGCUUUUGAGAACGUCGUUCAGAAGGGUCCUAAGAGGAUGUUUGGGACAUAUUUCCGCGUGGCAUUUUUUGGCUCGAAGUUUGGAGAUCUCGAUGAGCGAGAGUUCAUUUAUAAAGAACCAGGAAUCACACAUCUCCCUGAGAUCUCCCACAGACUAGAAAAUUUCUACAGACAGUGUUUGGGAGACGGUGUUCUGGAAAUGAUCAAGGAUUCCACACCUGUAGACAGAAACAAACUGAAUCCCAACAAGGCAUAUAUUCAGAUCACGUUUGUGGAGCCGUACUUUGACGGCUAUGAGAUGAAAGAUCGUAUGACCAACUUUGAGAAGAACUUCAACCUGCGCCGGUUCAUGUACACCACCCCGUUCACCAAGAGCGGACGGCCUCGAGGAGAGCUGAACGAGCAGUACAAAAGGAAGACCAUCCUCACCACACAGCACGCUUUCCCUUAUGUGAAGACGCGAAUCAAUGUCAUUCAGAAGGAGGAGUUUGACCUCACUCCGAUUGAGGUGGCUAUCGAAGACAUGCAGAACAAAACUCGCGAGCUGGCUAUCGCCACACACAAAGAGAAGCCUGACCCCAAGAUGCUGCAGAUGGUCUUGCAGGGCUCUGUAACAGCUACAGUUAACCAGGGACCAUUAGAGGUAGCCCAGGUCUUUUUGAAUGAAAUCCCAGCAGACCCCAAACUCUACCGUCAUCACAACAAACUGCGUCUGUGUUUCAAAGAGUUCAUCCUACGGUGUGGCGAGGCAGUCGAGAAGAACAAGCUCCUGAUCACACCAGACCAGCGAGAGUAUCAGCAUGAGCUGAAGAAGAACUACAAUAAGCUGAGGGAGAACCUGAGGCCCAUGCUGGAGAGGAAGAUCCCUGAGCUCUACAAGCCCAUCAUCAAACCCCGUUUGGAGAACAGGGACUCAAUCAAACGACUCAGCUUCCGGCGGAUUCCGGAGGACAGUACAUGAUGUCAUGAGAAUGGAGGAGAUGAGAGGAGAAGGUUCUCAAAGAGAGGGAGUUUCACAAUUUGGAGUGGAAGAGCAGCUCCACUGGUGACUUGAUGCCUUGAGCAGGGUUUCAUGCACAGUAUUAAAUAUUAGUUUAUGUUCAAAUUGUCAAAGUGAAUGUUGAUAUUUUUCAGUACCUUUGUUGUCCCCUACAUUUGUCUUGACUUGCUGUUGUCCCACUAAAUACUUUUAGGUAUCAUUUUAGCUGGUAGGCUUUGGGUAGUAUCUAAAAAAAACUAUCAGGUGAUUAACAACCUGAUUGGAUUUGAAUCAUGAUAAGAUCAAACAUACAGCCAUGGGAAAAAGAAAGUACCCCCUCUUUCAAUUCUGUUUUUUUUUUUUUUUUUUUUUUUUUUUUUUAAAUCAGCACCUAAAUAACAAUUAUGUAGUCCUCACCAACUUCUAUAAACAAACAAAUUACCUCAGGUGACAACAAAAAAAUACAAUAGAUUUAAAUGUGUAGUGAUUUUUCCCAAUAAACCAACAUUCCAGGUAGGAAAAAAUAAGUACACCCUAUAAGUCAGUAACAUGUAGACCCAACUUUAGCAACAAUAACCUGGUAGAAGUUGGUGAGAACCACACAACUGUUAUUUAGGCCCUGAUAAUGAAAAACAUAGAAUUGAAGGAGGGUGUACUUUCUACUUUCCAUGACUGUAUAUACAAAUAACUUGGGGUGAAAUACCUCAGAGUGCAAAUAAACAUAUAUACAAAAAUCUACAGGAUAUACAGGUAUCUAUAGUCUAGUGGAGUAAAAUGAGUGAAUAUUAAAAAAAAAACAAAAGAUACUGACAGUGCAAACAGACUGUCCACAUUUAAGCAGAAUGAAGGGAGGCUAAACAGAGACAGCUUACAUAUCCCCAGGAAAGAAAGGCAUGUGCAAGGAUUUGUGUAAAGCCCUCCUGCAGUAAGACAUGAGCAUCCUCCGAGCUGCGUGUGUUCUGCUGCACACUCAACGCCUCGUCGAGCAGAUGGGAGGAAUUUCUCACGGUGGUUGAGAGCUGAGCCAGUGAAGUGAAAGGACUGGAAUUUUGUGUACAUGACGCUGCACAGAAACAACUUUCAGCAGUGUUGGAAAUGUUAACAUUUGAACUAGAUGUACUGAAAUCCUUAAAUCCCAUUGUGGAAGCUCUCUUUAUUUAGCUCAAUUUUAAUGAAAGAACUGCUUGUGAAAAUCAUGUCUAUACGAGAUUUACAAACUGCCCCUGGUUACAUUAGACAUGGAUUCUUUAUUCUUCAUGCUUUUACUGCAACAAUAUAAUAUAUAUUUUUAGUAGAGAUAUAUGAAAUACAUGUAUAUAUGUUUUAUUUAUAGGAAGUUGUAGUUUUGAUUCUCACUGGUACGAGCAGCAUUUGCUGUCGUGUGCCAAUUCACAUGUCCUCAUUACCUAAUAUUUUUGGAGUACGUCAGUAUCAUAAAAGAAAUAAGUCAACGGUGGUUUAAAAAAAAUGAUAAAGCACAGUGGGUGAGGUAAACAAAUAUUGUUUUUUGUAUAUUUUCUGUAUUUUUAUUAACAGGAAGUGUCAUUUGUUCAGGAGCAUUUUGGUUGGAUUUUGUUUUUAUUUGUGCCAAUUAUGAAAAAUUUGCCAGUUUAGUCAUACGUAACACCGCAGAUUGCAGCUUACCUUUUGUUUGGAAAGUAAUCUGUUUAGUUAUGAACAUACAUUCAUACUUUCUGUUACACAUGUUGCUGCUCUUAACACUGUGAGAACUGUAUGGCCUUUCGUGUGUUUCUCCAGCACAAUGUGGAUGUAAAUUUAUUUUGUAUCAUAAUAUUCCAGUGCACUCAAUAAAAAAAUGUAGCUGUUGACUUUACAAA